AUGGCUAAGGUCAAAUGCUUUCCUAGUCUUUCAGGUCAGGUCAAAUGGGCUAGGACCUCAGGAGCAUGUACCCCUGAUGGUCAUGCAUUAUUUUCAGUUUUGGGUGGCGAAUCUAAGGGUGUGGUUGUGAAAAAAAACAAAGCUACUCAGGAAGCAAAUACGAGUAUAAUGGUUGAGAGUACACCUGUAGCUUUGCGGCAGGAUGCUGGUUCCGAUGCUGUAUCGCGUACUAUGGAAUCUGAGAACUACCUACCAUAUAAGCUGAUUGAAUAUCUUAAACAGAAGUGUUCGCUGCUGGAGAAAAAAGUAGCAGCGCUUGCACAUAUAACCGAUCAAAGCCGCCUGCGACAGGUAGACGAUCUUUAUGACUCUCAAUUACAGAAAGUGACGCGUGAGAUCGAUAGUGCUGAGUCUAAGCUGAACAGGGUAGUUAGCUCUAUGGCAUCAGAAAGUCAAGUGAAAGGUAGAAUAUUACCUUCAACAUUGCCUCCGGACGAAGAGGAAUCAGAUAGGUCUAUACAGAGUGUUGUAGCUAUCGCAGUCGAUGACAUAGAGCCGGUGGAGGUCGAAACUACGUCUAGGAGCCUGCGAAGUCGCCUGUCGGACGUAAAUUAUAGACUACCCACUAUGGAAGACGAAUUUAGCUACCGCAUUGGAAACGCAGGUCCAAAUGAUGACGGAAACGAAGAUCUUACAGCGGAUGCGGAGACAGAAGAUUCGCAUUUCUUGGCGACAUCGGAAGCCGACGUUGACAACCAGAUCCAUGACAGUGAUCGCGAAUUUGUUGCAGACGGGAUUGAACAGUAUUUGGAGGAUGAUAAAUCUGUUGAUAGUGAUUAUGUGGAAGAAGAAAGUGCGGUUGUACUUGAAAAUAGAGAUGUUCAUGAAAUUGUGAUAGACUCAUCCCCUCAAAAAGCUCCGUAUGAUGAGUAUGUCCCAGAGAUUAACUUGCUAGAUCCAGAUGAAGACGAUUUUCUGGCAGAUCCAAUCAUUGAUAGUUUGCAGAAGAAUACUUCUGAUGCGCACCAAGCAGAAGAACUGUUGGAAUUAUACGAUGGCCUUUCAGACAGCGAUUUGGAGGCAUUCGAUCAAGAAAGGGAGAACCAGACGCAGCUAAACAAUAUAAGGGAAUUAGAUGACGACCUUAAAAUUAUUUCAGAAAAAACACUAGAUUCGUCAAGAAUUGAGCAAACAUUACAUUCGGUAAAGAAAGAGCUUCUUGAUGUACCAGAUCAGGAUAUGUUGGAUGAUGAAGAUGAUUUCUCAAUUAGUGAGAUUCAACAGUUUAGCACGGCGCCUUCAGUUCCUUCGACUGUUCCAAUAGUAUCACCUUCAGAGAUAAUUUCUCCGAUCUCAACCUUCCCUUGGACCUCGGAAAUGUUCCAUAAACUACACAAUGUCUUUAAGUUGCCCGGUUUUCGACAAAAUCAAGAGGAAGCGGUCAACUCUACGCUAUGUGGUCGCGAUGUUUUUGUUCUUAUGCCUACUGGUGGUGGAAAGUCAUUAUGUUACCAACUUCCAGCAGUUGUUAAAUCUGGUCGAACACACGGCACCACCAUAGUCGUAUCACCAUUAAUAUCUCUAAUGCAAGACCAAGUCGAACACUUACUUGCAAAAAAUAUCAAAGCAAGUAUGUUUAGUUCAAAGGGUACUGCCGAACAACGCCGACAGACAUUUAAUUUAUUCAUAAAUGGAUUGCUUGACCUUGUUUAUAUAUCGCCGGAAAUGAUUAGUGCGUCAGUUCAAUGCAAAAAGGCAAUUGAAAAGCUAUAUCACGAUAAAAAAUUGGCUCGAAUUGUGGUUGACGAAGCGCAUUGUGUUUCUAACUGGGGCCAUGACUUCAGACCUGAUUAUAAAGAACUUAAGUUUUUUAAGAAAGAAUACCCUGAUAUUCCAAUGAUGGCGCUAACUGCAACUGCUAGUGAACAAGUUCGGAUGGAUAUUAUUCACAAUUUACAGUUGAACAAUCCUGUAUUUCUCAAGCAGAGUUUUAAUAGAAAGAACCUGUUCUACGAGAUUAUUCGCAAGGAUAAAAACUCUAUGAAUAAUAUGUGUCAAUCAAUAAAGACCAGAUUUAGAGGUCAGACAGGUAUAAUUUAUUGUCAUUCUAAAAACUCCUGUGAACAAACAGCACUGAUAAUGUCAAAUAGCGGUGUAAAGUGUGCAUUUUAUCACGCUGGUAUGGAUCCAGAUGAGCGGCUUAAGGUCCAGCAAGAUUGGCAAGCUGAUCGGAUACAGGUCAUCUGUGCAACUGUUGCUUUUGGUAUGGGAAUUGAUAAACCUGACGUUAGGUUUGUGUACCAUUAUACAGUUCCACGUACUUUAGAAGGUUACUAUCAGGAGACUGGGCGUGCUGGUAGGGACGGUAACCAUUCAUUUUGCAUAAUGUAUUAUUCCUUCAGAGACGUUAGGACGAUACAAUCAAUGAUCCAAAAAGAUAAAAACUUGGAUCGCGAACAUAAAGAGAAGCAUUUAAACAAACUACAGCAGGUUAUGCAAUACUGUGAAAAUAGUACUGAUUGUAGAAGGCAAUUGGUUUUGUCAUAUUUUAAUGAGACAUUUGAUGUAACCCUAUGUGCCAAAAACUGUGAUAACUGUAAAAAUGGCCAAAAUAUAGAAUAUGAAGAACGUGUGGUUACUAAAGAAGCCUUGGAAAUUGUAAAACUUGUUAGAUCGGUGAAAGAUGAUAAAGUUACCCUAAUCCAUUGCCAGGAUAUAUAUAAGGGGUCUAAAAAUGCUAAGAUUAUGCAAAUGUGUCAUGAUGAAUCAGAUUUUCAUGGACUAGGUAAGAAAAUGAGCAAGUCCGAUAUUGAGCGAAUAUUUUUCCAUUUGAUUACAUUACAAAUAUUACAGGAGUACUCGGUUCUUAACGGAAGGGGAUUUGCUUCAAAUUAUGUCAAAUUAGGUCCUAAGGCCACUCAGUUGUUGAAUGGCAAACUGGAAGUUAAAAUGCAAUUCGCUGUUUCUUCUUCCGCAACAUCAAGACCAGCAACCGCGACUGAUCGCCUUACUGCCAAGGAUUCAAGCAACACUGGCACCAAUGAUAGUGCACUUCCGUCAAAUAAAAAUCUCAGUACUUUUCUCUAUGACAACAAAUCGAGUAACAUUAAUGAAUCAAAUUUGAAUGUGUGGUCAAGUACUAAUUCACCUGAAGUCAAAAAACAUAUCUCUCAAUGUAUGUACAGACUGCAGGCUAUGGUGGCGCGUAAGGCUAAAGAUUAUGGAUUUGAAAACGCAGACGCGUUUCUACCUGCUCAAAUGCUAAGGAAGCUGGCAGUAAAUGUUCCAAAUAGUGAACAUGAUUUUGCCAUAUUAGUUGGUGCGCAAAUGAAGAAUAAAUUCAAAUACUUUAGAAACUUGCUUCUAAAAUUGAGGCAAGAAAGAAACCAAGUUUUAUCCACUGUCUCAACUUACAAUGCGUCUAUUCCUUCUGUCAGUGGGUAUUUUGUUCCUAAUGAAGAAGAGGAAUCAAGGGACUUUGAAGUCAUUUCACAAAUUAGGCAAACAAUGGAACCAUCUCAGUCAAAAGCUUCUACUGCGGCUAUUAAAAAGCGCCCCAGGCCUACUAAACCUUCUAAUGGUCGGAGAUAUAGAAAACACUUUAGAGGCGGAUAUAAAAAACACUAA